UCAAGCCUUUUACUCCAGUAGAAGCCAAAGAAAUUGUGAUGUCUCUGAAGGAACCUGCAGUAUUCUACAACAUGGCUUUUGAUUGGCCAGCACUUCACUGGAAUGCUACUUACCUUGCCAAGCUGUUGGCUGGAAAAAGAAUUCGUUUUAGGGUAGGGAUGAAGGACAUGGGCACAGCUCCUCUGUUUGAAACCGAGUGCAGUUAUGUGGAAGGUACGCUUGAAGAGUUUCUGGCCUGGAGUUUAAGAGAGCCUUCUUGCUCUUCUGGACCGUUCAGUGGUUAUGAGCCAUGUAAAUACUGGGCCUAUGCUGACUAUAAGUAUAUUGCUACACUAUUUGAAGACAAUCCAGAACAAUUCAAGGAUGUGAAAUGGUCUGACUUUGGAUUUCCUGGAAGAGAUGGAAAGGAGAGUACUCUGUGGGUUGGCACAUCGGGAGCAAACACGCCUUGCCAUUUGGAUUCCUAUGGGUGCAACUUAGUGCUGCAAGUGCAAGGAAGGAAAAGGUGGCAUCUGUACCCACCUGAAGAUUCCAAUUUUCUUUAUCCUACCAGAAUUCCAUAUGAAGAAUCCAGCGUGUUCAGCAAAGUCAAUGUAGUCAAUCCUGAUCUGAAACGCUUUCCGCAGUUUAAGAAAGCACAAACCCAUAUGGUUACAGUUAAUCCUGGUCAGAUCCUGUUUGUUCCCAGGCACUGGUGGCAUUAUGUAGAAUCCAUUGACCCCAUCACUGAUGCAGAUCAUGAGGCUCGUGUAGAAGAGGCAAUAACUCGGACACUGAUAUGUGCAGUACAAUCUGCAGACGACCUCAGCACUUCAGAUUCCUGGCUGAACCCCACAGAGACUGAAGUAACAUCCCACAAAACCAAUCUUCAAUACUUAAAUGCAGCUGUAUCUGGAUGUCUAGAACAUCAGAAGAGAAAUAAGACUGAACACAUAGUUCCUGGAACUCAUAAUACUGAAGGGACUUUUGAAGACUCACAUAAAAGAAGAAAAGUCCAAGUGAAUGCGGACAGUGACUUCAAACUGAUGCCCUGUGAAUCUAAUCUUCCAACCAUCAAAACAAAAAAGCCAGAAAAAAUCCUUUUUGGACAGAAUCUUUUAAAGAUUUUGCCUCAGUCUCAGCAAACAAACCCAACAGGAACCACUGAAAGUUACUUCAAAGACUUUCUCAGUGAAAAUGAAGGACACUUGGGGAAACUAUACCAUGCAGGGACAACAUCUGUAAUGAAUAACGACUCUGUAGCAUUUGUUGAUCAGAAAGUUCCAGGCAGUAGCGCGAGCUCCAUACAAGCAGGCAUUGGUACAAAUGAUUUGCUAGAUUGUGUACUAAAUCCACAAGUCAUUGGUUUAGUGGCUCAGCUUUUGUUGGAGAGAGCAAGGCAUGUUUAGAGUCAGCCUACUUGUCAUUCUGAAAAUAAAGAUCUAAUG